AUGGAAAACAUGUCCGAGGAAACCCACGGCGAAAUGACGGAUCCACAGCACGUCCACCUAAGGUAAGGAGAAAAAAAACGGUUCAAGGGGUCCCUGUGUGAAGGUGUUUCUAUAAAACCGCGCCUCAACCUUUUUCUUUCUGCUUCUUUUCAUUCACAUGAAAAUUUUUCCUUGUUUGUAUUGAAUGUGUCAUAUACUAACAGACUGAAAUAAAGUAUGUACACAGCGCCCUAACUUUAUUGAAAUGAAGUCAUGUGUUUGGAGGUUAAGGCUCUGUUUGUGUAGAUACCAACAGUUUGGGUCGGGUCAGAACUGCUGACAUUCAUACAGCUCAUUCAGACGACUCAGAGAAUGAGAGUAUUUGGAAUUUUCCAAUAUUUAUCAUGUCUCAGAUUUGUGCACAUCAGUUUGUGAAUGACAGAUAUUGUAUAGAAAGACUUAGCUUUCAGACCCUUUACAACAAGAUCUUCAGUGCUUCUCAUCUUUUUCUUUUAGCUUCCUAUCUGAAAGCUCUGUGGAGGAAAUGGCUCAAGACAGACCAGAUCAAGAUGAGACAGAGAAAACGGAGAUUGAUAACAGCAUCAUACAGAGACUUCAAGACAGACCAGAUCAAGAUGAGACAGAGAAAACGGAGAUUGAUAACCGCAUCAUACAGAGACUUCAAUCUGGCUGGAUAGGCACUCUUCAGAGACUUCAAGACAGACCAGAUCAAGAUGAGACAGAGAAAACGGAGAUUGAUAACCGCAUCAUACAGAGACUUCAAUCUGGCUGGAUAGGCACUCUUCAUGUCGUUUUCCUGGUGCUGCUUUUAGUCCUAAUCACUGUCAUUGUUGGCCUGAGCAUCAAUGUUAAGCAGUUACAGAAAGAAAGGAGUCAGCUGAGACAGCUUCUAGAAUCAACACACAUGGGACUGAACCACACCAUGGAAGUAAAUCAAAAAGUGAGCCAGAGUCUGAACUUCACCGUGGAAGAAAAUCAAAAACUGAGGCUGAGUCUGAACUACACCAUGGAGGAGAAUCUGAACCUGAGCCUGAGUCUGAACAACACCAUGGAAGAAAAUCAGAAAUUGAGCAGAAGACUAAACUACACCAUGGAAGAGAAUCUGAACCUGAGCCUGAGUCUGAACUACACCAUGGAAGAGAAUCUGAACCUGAGCCUGAGUCUGAACAACACCAUGGAAGAAAAUCAAAAACUCAGGCUGUGUCUGAACUACACCAUGGAAGAGAAUCUGAACCUGAGCCUGAGUCUGAACAACACCAUGGAAGAAAAUCAGAAAUUGAGCAGAAGACUAAACUACACCAUGGAAGAUAAUCAGAAAUUGAGCCUGAGUCUGAACAACACCAUGGAAGAAAAUCAGAAAUUGAGCAGAAGACUAAACCACACCAUGGAAGAAAAUCAAAAACUGAGCCUGAGUCUGAGCUACUCCAUGGAAGAAAAUCAGAGACUGAGCCGAAGACUAAACCACACCAUGGAAGUAAAUCAAAAAGUGAGCCAGAGUCUGAACUUCACCGUGGAAGAAAAUCAAAAACUGAGGCUGAGUCUGAACUACACCAUGGAGGAGAAUCUGAACCUGAGCCUGAGUCUGAACAACACCAUGGAAGAAAAUCAGAAAUUGAGCAGAAGACUAAACUACACCAUGGAAGAGAAUCUGAAUCUGAGCCAAAGAUUAAACCACACCAAGGAAGAAAAUCAAAAACUGAGGCUGAGUCUGAACUACACCAUGGAAGAGAAUCUGAACCUGAGCCUGAGUCUGAACAGCACCAAGGAAGAAAAUCAAAAACUGAGCCUGAGUCUGAGCUACUCCAUGGAAGAAAAUCAGAGACUGAGCCGAAGACUAAACCACACCAUGGCAGAAAAGUCACAGCUUCAAGUGCAGAUUGAGGAGAUGAAAAUCAUAUUGAAUUCUACUAUGGAAAACCGUGACUCUUUCAGAAAAGACAAAAUCAAAUAUCAACAGCUUUUGAUCAAUGAAAGGCAGACCUCAACUCAACUAAAAGCUGAAAAUCAACGUCAACAAUCAAUUCUGAUGUCGGAGAAACUAUCUUUCCUCUGGAGAUUCUGUGAUAAAGGCACCCUGCAAUGUUCACGCUGCCUUCCUGGUUGGGCUGAGCACGCCACACGCUGCUUCCAUUUGGCAUCACAACCAAUGAAGUGGGAAGAUGCUCGUAGGGAGUGUUUAAAUGAAGGUGCUGACCUGGCUGUUGUCUUGAAUGCUGCAGACCAGGCAUUUCUGACCAACAUGACUUUCCAGUUUACACAGCAGCAUCCAAAUGUACUGUUCCAUUCAGCAUGGAUCGGGUUGCACGACAUGGUGCAGGAUAACAGAUUUGUGUGGGUAAAUGGUAUCAAGUCCAAGUCAGAUUUGAAGUUCUGGAUGCCUGGAGAGCCAAACAAUGCUGUGGCUCAAUGGGACAAAAACCGUGCAGGACAGGACUGUGUUGUCAUUGUCCCUCCAAAGACUGUUGGACAGAAAGGCUGGCUGAACUCCUGGGAUGAUAUUGUCUGUCGAGGCCAGCGGCACUACAUUUGUGAAACCAAAGCUCUUAUUUUGUCUGGAGUGAAAACUGAGGAAUGA